UAUACUCUCAAAAUAUUUGCUCUCACUACCAGCAAUGAAAUAAACACGAUGAGGGGUAUUAUUGAAAAUCCAAAAAGAUUAAGUACGAAGUGCUGAAAACCCUAGUUAUAUCAGAGUACCAUUCUCAGUGGAAACCCUAAUAACAAAAUCAAAAUUAAAAUCGCUGUCCUUUAUCACAUCCAGCAACUGAUUUUGGAGUCAGAUAUGAAGGUCAUAGCUGCUUAUUUGUUGGCAGUAUUGGGAGGGAAUUCAUCUCCUUCAGCGGAUGAUCUCAAAAACAUCCUGGGAUCGGUUGGAGCUGAGGCUGAGGAUGAGAAGAUCGAGUUGCUCUUAACUGAAGUCGAGGGCAAAGAUAUUGCUGAGCUAAUUGCUAGCGGAAGAGAGAAGUUGGCUUCAGUACCUUCCGGUGGUGGCGGCGCAGUUGCUGCUGCUGCUGCUCCUGUGGGAGGUGCUGCAGCUGGUGGCGCAGCACCUGCUGCUGAAGCAAAGGAGGAAAAGAAGGUAGAAGAGAAAGAAGAGUCUGACGAUGAUAUGGGUUUCAGUUUAUUCGACUAAAAGGUCUGAAGUGUUACGUGUCAGAAAUUUGCAGUUCCAGUUAGAGUUUUAGAUAGCCGAAUCACAAGGUUUUUGUUACUUGAGCUACAUAUUGUAUUAGGUUUUAUGGGUUUUGCUUUUUCAAUUGAGAAUGUAAUGGCAUCAAACUGUGUGAUAUAAUUUAAUGAUGGUUUGAAUUUAA